CCGGCAACGUAGCGUAUGUGACAUCUGUUGAUUAAUCACGUUUACCAGUCAACUCUUAAAGUCCCAAGUCCAAAUAAUUCAAUUAAAAUGGUAGUCCCAACCGUGAAACUCAACAAUGGCUAUCAUAUUCCAAUUGUAGGAUUGGGGACAUGGAAGUCCAAGCCGGGAGAGGUCAAGCAAGCUGUCGUAGAUGCCAUCGCUGUGGGAUAUAGGCACAUUGACUGUGCAUUUAUUUAUGGAAACGAAGAAGAAGUGGGAGCUGGAAUCAAGGAAAAAAUAGAGGAUGGCACAGUUACACGAGAUGACUUGUUCGUAACAAGUAAAGUUUGGAAUACAUUCCAUAGUUUUGCCAAAGUGGAGGAAGCCAUACGACAAAGCCUGAAAAAUCUGGGCCUUGACUACCUUGAUCUUUACCUCAUCCAUUGGCCAUUAGGUUACCAGGAGAAUACAGAACUGUUUCCCAAAGAUGCAGAUGGAAAAUUUAUCUACUCCGACCUGGAUUAUCUAGAGACGUGGAAAGGUCUAGAACAUUGUGCAAAACUAGGAUUAACUAAAUCUAUUGGGGUGUCCAACUUUAACAGUGUGCAACUUCAAAGAAUCUUAGACAAUGCAACAGUGAAGCCUGUAGUCAAUCAGGUCGAAUGUCAUCCGUACUUGAACAACUCGAAACUGAUCCAGUUUUGUAAGGAUCACGAUAUUGUUGUCACUGCCUACAGCCCGUUAGGAUCGCCCGAUCGACCAUGGGCCAAACCAGGGGAUCCCGUGAUUUUUGAAGACCCCAAGCUGAAAGAAUUGGCCCAAAAGUACAAUCGUUCGGCAGUGCAAAUCAUUUUACGCUUCCAGACACAACGUGGUGUUGUCGUCAUCCCUAAGUCGGUCACAAAGGACCGCAUUGUUCAUAAUCUAAAUUGCACUGAUUUUGAUUUAUCUGAGGAAGAUAUGAAGUAUAUCGAAUCGUUUGAUUGCAAUGGACGAGUGUGUGCCCUCGAUUGGGUAAAAGAUCAUCCUCAUUAUCCAUUCAGUGUUGAAUUCUAAGGCGCCCUUCUCUGUAAUAUCCCAAGCAUAUAAUUGGGAUGGGAUUUCUUGUUUUGCUUAAUAUGAAUUUAUAUUAAUACAACAAAAUGCAAAAUUAA